UCUCCCACUAAAAUAUACUUAAAAUUGAGAAUCCAAAGAAACAGUGUCCUUUGCCCCCCACAACACACAACACAAACAUCUGGAUUUCUCAUUCUUGAGUAGAGUAGAUAUAAAGCUUAUAUCAUUCUAACCCCACUCUCUCUCAAGUGAAGCUACUACACGUUCAUACCUAGCGUGACUCUCAACCACAUUUAUACACAUAUAUACAUAUAUGUGUGUGUGUGUAAUUGAUGAUUAUAAAAGUGGCCCUCCUUAUCACUACACUCAAUCAUUUCAAAAACCCAUUCCCUCAACAACCUCACAGAUCCCUCCUUUUGUGUACCCUUCUAUAUGCUUCUCUUCCUAUAAGUACACUCAACACUUGUGUCCUAACUUCCAAACAACAAGUAUAAUAUUUCAUAGAAAAAAAAAAAACAAAAAACAUUGAGCCAUGUCCAUCACAGGACUUCCAGACACAGAUAAGAUCCACAAGAAAUCGUUCCACCGGUGGAACGAUUCAGGUGAGCUCGACGUGUUUGAGGCUGCACGAUAUUUCUCCGGUGCCAACGAAGUCUCUGCAGGUUACAAUGGUGCACCAAGUACUUGUGCACAGAAGGUGUUGAGAUCAGGUGGACGGAUUAGCUUAGACGUGCCGAUGAGGAAUUCAAUUCCUCCUCAAAAUCUUGUGAUGGAAAAGCAAAUGAUGAAGGAGAAGAAGUACAAGCAACCAAGCUCACCAGGUGGCAGACUCGCUAGUUUCUUGAAUUCUCUCUUCAACCAAACAUCUUUGAAGAAGAAGAAAUCGAAGUCCACCACACAGUCUAUGAAGGAGGAAGAUGAGAGCCCGGGUGGGAGGAGAAAAAGGAGGAGUAGUAUUAGCCAUUUUCGAAGCUCGUCCCACACUGAUUCGAAGUCAAUUUAUUCAUCGACAAGCUCUGGUUUUAGAACACCUCCUCCUUAUGCACACACUCCUACAAAGACCUACAAGGACUUGAGAAGCUAUUCAGAUCACAAGCAAAAGGUUUCUUUGUCCAACUACAACAACAAUGGACAUGUUAAGUCCACUGUUGUACAAAGUACUGAGGUAUGUCAAGACAAAAGGGGCGUAGAUCAUGUUUGGUUAGAUGAAAAAUUCAACUUCUCCAAUGGAUUUUCCGAGAAACACAAGAAUUUUGUUCAUGGGUUUUCCGAGAAAGUUAGGAUUCAGGCUGAUAAAUUUCCAUCAGAGGAGAAGGAAUUUGGGAAGUUUGAUGAAAUUGAUGAUGGUGCUGACAGUGAUUCAAGCUCUGAUCUGUUUGAGUUGCAAAAUUAUGACUUGGGUUAUUAUUCUAGUGGUCUACCUGUUUAUGAGACCACACAUAUGGACAGCAUCAAGAGAGGUGCACCGAUUUCUAGUGGUCCAAUAUAGGACUACUCUGUGUGUGUGUUUGUGUGUACAUAUGAAUUACUACAAUUUGUUUCUUAGUUCUUAUUGAUGUUUGGAGCUGUGAUAAUCAGGAUAAUAUUGCAUUCUUGUCAAGACAUGGCCUUAGAUUUUGCUUGCUUCUUUUGAAUUUCAUCACAACUUUUCUAUGUAUGUACAGUUUGGAA